AUGUCUACCGAUUUCCGUAAGCAAGUUAGCCGUUGGAGGCUCAUCAAUCGAGCUAUAACCUCAGAGAUUGACUUCUCAUCCUUCCUCUAUGAUGUCAAAUUCUCGCUAAAAGAGGAUAGUAGACGGGACUCCGGCAGUUCAUUAGAAAACAUUUCGGGAAUGACCAGAAACGGUAACAUCCGUUUUUCGAAACAAACUCCGUAUAGUCUGUUCAUAUUAAGAUUGCUUCUGAGUUCGACACUACUCUAUCGUUUCAAAAGUCCCAUCCGCACCGAGGAAGCCCGACUUUGGAAAGUGACUGUGGAAUCCACGCGAUACGGUGCGGUUGUUCGCGCACGAAAAAUAAAGUCACAUGCAACAACAGUCCUUGGACAGCGGAAUCACUCGCUCGGUAUCGGUGACAUGGAAUCGAGUCGGGUCGUUAUUUCCGAAUUGCUGUUGGAACAUAUUGCUGAAAGUAGUGAUUCAAGGCCGACUUCAAGUCCGUGGAAUGAGGAAGUUGAUACCACACAGUCGGACUACUAUGAUUUCACCUGGAAAGAACCCCCGGGCGAAGAUGAAUUGAAACGAGAACCCGAGGAGUCUGGUGGUCAGCCAAUGAUUCGUGUACAACUUUUACGGCUGCUCCCGCACAACAUCAGUCAAUUGAAACGAGGUCAACCGUUUCCCAUGUUGACUCUAAUGGCACCGCAGCUAGUUCCACAGCCAGGAGCGAUGCAUGUGUUUGUGGAGUUUGAGAUUUUCUAUGGUGUUUAA